AUGGAUGGGACUUUGGACGCCGCUGCGGAGACGAUUAAAAUGCUGUCGCAACCACCCCUGCGGCAACUGCAAGAAGCGGGGCGAGGCAGCAUCAUGCUCAACCAACGGCCUGUCCCAAACAUCGAUUUAAAUACACAGCCGGAGAAUCGCGCGGCUUAUGCGACACCCUCUUCGGGUAGCUGUGAGCCCGAAACUAAGUUGACUCCGGUUGACACGGGUACGCUGGUCGUCAAAAAUGAAGGAACCAGUUAUAUUGACGGCGCCAAUUGGCGUGCCAUUCUAGAAGAGAUCAAUGGCGUGAAAGAAUAUCUCGAUGAAAGCAGAGAUAAUUCCGACGAAGAAGAUGUUGAAACCGAUACGUAUGAUGACUCGUCGCCAGUCCUGCUUCUUGGCAAUGGUAGGCCAGUGAGUAAAGAGGAAGUCCUUGUAGACGUUCCUCCACGGUCAAUAGCAGAUCGUCUGGUCUCACGCUUCCUUAAGACAUCUGAGCCUGCACGCAUUGCGAUUCAUAUACCCACGUUUCAGAAAGAGUAUGAGGAGUUUUGGCUUAAUCCAGCCGAUAAGUCAUUUACCUGGAUCUCCCUCCUAUACUCGAUUAUGGCUUUAUCUGUUUCUAUGUAUCAUCGAAGCACAGAACCGUUGCCAUCCAGCAUGGUAAAUCCCAUCACCUCAUGGGCUAUUUUCCGGAAAAGAUCCUCACAAUGUCUGAUCCAAGCGAACUACCUCAACCCAGGGCGAUACAAAGGCGAAGCACUAUUCCUUUAUUCUCUUACCGAGUUCUAUCGAAGCCAGGAUGCACAGAUCGGAGUAUCGUACUUGCUUGGAAUUGCAAUUCGUCUGACUAUGCGCAUGGGCUACCAUCGAGAUCCGAGCCAUUAUCCAAUGCUAUCGGCCUUUGAUGGAGAAAUGCGCCGGCGUCUCUGGGCAUUGCUAGUUCAACUCGACACCUUAAUAUCCUUCCAAGUUGGCGUUCCUAGAACAAUUCAGCCUUGGCAAUAUGACACGGAACUGCCGUCAAACUUGUUAGACACCGACUUCGACGCAAGUUACACUCAACUACCACCCGAGAGACCAAAAAACGAGCGAACAGAUUGCUCGUAUACGAGGGCCAAGGCUCACAUCAUGAGGGUUUUUGGACAGAUAACAGACUUGGCAUUCUCCCGAGAAUACGCAUCUUACGAUGAUAUAUUGGAGAUCGACCGUCGUUUGGAGAUCGCACAUGAUCUAGUGCCCACAUUUUUGCAAAUAAAACCAAUGACGCAGUGCAUUGCGGAUCCCGCCGAACUGAUCAUGCGGCGCUUUACCCUGGAGCUCCUAUACCAGAAAGCACGCCUUGUUCUGCAUCGCCGGUACAUCGGCGAGACAAGCACGAAAUUUGCUUACUCGCGAUCGGUCUGCCUGACUGCUGCCCGUGACGCUCUUCGAUAUUAUAUAGAGCUCUGGAACGAGUCCUUAUCGGGCGGCCAGUUGCAUGAAGAGCGAUAUUUCCUCAACUCUCUUCAAAAUACAGACUUUUUGCUAUCAGCAAUGAUUCUUUGCCUUGAGCUAUCUCGGGAGGAGGAGCGUGGUGAUGCUGCACUCCUCGGGCCUCAAGAACGUGCAGACUUCCUACUUCUUUUGGAAGCUACUCAUCGCAUAUUUAUGGAGUCUCGGCACCAGUCUGCAGAUACACAGCGCGCAGUGUCUGCAUUGACUAUCAUGCUCAAGCGUGUGAAGGAUGCUAAUUUUCGCGUCUCCAACUCGGGUACUGAUCAAACUAUGGUGUCAAUGAGUGGUAUUUUAGUACCUUCCCCAAUCCACCAAAUAGCGCUGACAAAGUCUUCAGAUGACGGCCCACUCCAGUCUACUAGUCAACCCGCAUUGAACCAAGAGCAGUUCCCAAUGCAUUCAUUUAAAAACAGUGGAUCGCAACCGGCCAAUACCAGUGAAACUCCUCUAUACAACUCCCUUGGGGUUAUUGAAGAUAUGCUUGAUGGACCUGCUCAACUUGACUGGCGUUUGUAUGAUAGCAGUAUCUCGGGAGUCGAGAUGGCUACGAACAACAACGUCUGGUAUCCUGAUGCUUCUACGACUCCGUACGAUUUCGUUGGAUAUACCUCUGCCGAGUCUCCCAUGAACCACCAGAGUGGCCAGCAAUGA